GCCUUUACAAAACCCUCAGUCCCUAUCUUACAUGGCGCAGGGUGAAGACCACUAGAGUUUGCGAUAGAAAGAAUAAAACUUUUACCAAACACAUUACCACAAAUUAGCGGGUAAAAUCUGUGCUCUGUCAACGUGGGGUUUACUAAUUUGGAAAUACGGUGAUUUUGCAAGUUUUUUUUUUUUUUUUACAUAAAUCGUUCUUUGGGAUAAAUGCAAGACAAAAGGAGAGAAGGGAAGAAUGGACAGUGACAAAAGAACGAAAGAAAAAAAAAAACAUAAUCAAUGAACGGGUUAAAUUUGACUCAUACCAUCUUUGAGAAAUUGAAAUUGGGUAAAAAAUUCCUCCGCCGUGGCUACGGAGAAAGCGAGGUAGAAGCAUUUAGCCUAAAGUAGAUAGUGAAUGCAGUUAUACGCUUAAAGUUCAGAACUAUUUGUAACCCAUUUUUAACUAGUUAUUUGUAUGUAAUAAAUUAUAAAAGUUGUAUGAGAUAUUUAUGGAUAGUCAUAAUUUAGUGAAUGAUUUUUGCUAGAGUAAACACUCAUUGAUGGAUCUACCCGUAAUUUCCUGCGGAAGGAUACAUUCUCCUCUCAGUACAGUGACAGGGGAGCGAGGAGAAAAGUUUAGAAACUUAGAGCUCGACUUCACUUUAAAAAUCCGCCAAAAUAGACGAAAAAUGAGUGAGUAAGUCAUGAAAUUGAACGUUUUAAAUUAAAAAAAUCGUUUUUAAAAAGAGUUUGCUAAAUUUAAUUUAGUUUUUUAUUAGUUCACCUUGCUAGCUAAACUAGACUAGCUAACCUGACGGAGCUCAGCCUGGCGCUGGCGGCUCUAUGUGGAAAUUAAAUAAAACAUGGGUCAGCUACCCGGUGUCUCUUCGGGCAAAGUCAUCUUCUUCGUCGCUUGCUGGAUCCACAUUUCAGCGGCUCUACAGUGUUUAGAUUCCACCAGGCCCUGUGUGAACAACGCAACCUGCAUCGUCUUUAGCAAUGGCACAGGAUACUGCAGAUGUACGUCAGGCUUCAUUGGGGAGUACUGUCAUCAGAAGGACCCCUGUCACCCUGGUUACUGCCUCAAUGGGGGCAGCUGCAUUGCCAACUUGUCCGGGGUGCCUGCCAGCCCCUCCUGCACCUGCCCCCUGGGCUUUACUGGUCAAACUUGCCAGACUCCCCAGAACUCUGCCUGCUACCCCAAGAACCCCUGUGCCAACAGUGGUGUGUGCGCCCUGCUCUCCCUGGACAAGCAUGAAUGUCGCUGUGCUCCUGGAUGGACAGGCCCCCGAUGCACCCGCGAGGACAGCUGUGUCUCCAGCCCCUGUGCCAAUGGGGGCGUCUGUAGCCCCGGGAAUGGGGGCAAGUACACUUGCAAUUGCCCCAAGGGGUAUCAAGGUCGUCGCUGUCUGAACGACACCAAUGAGUGUGCUCUGACCCCGGGCCUAUGCUCCAACCGCGGGGAGUGCAUGAACACGCCGGGCUCAUACCACUGCACGUGCCCCGUGGGUUACACUGGCCGCCAUUGCGAGACACCAUAUGUGCCCUGCUCACCGUCGCCUUGUGUCAACGGGGGCACCUGCCGGCAGACGUCGGACACCAGCUACUGGUGCCACUGCCUGCCAGGCUUCAACGGGACCAACUGCGAGAUUAACAUCGACGACUGUCCUGAGCACCGCUGCCAGAACGGGGGCACCUGCAUGGACGGCGUCAACACUUACAACUGCCAGUGUCCACCCGAAUGGACAGGCCAGUUCUGCACCGAGGACGUGGACGAGUGCCGGCUGCAGCCCAACGCCUGCCAGAAUGGUGGCACGUGCAGCAACGUGCAGGGGGGCUACAGCUGCGUGUGCGUGAACGGCUGGAGCGGCCUCGACUGCGCCGAGAACAUCGACGACUGUGCCACAGCCGCCUGCACCAACGGCUCCACCUGCAUCGACCGUGUCGCUUCCUUCAUAUGCAUCUGCCCCUACGGGAAGACAGGCUUGCUCUGCCACGUGGACGACGCCUGCAUCAGUAACCCGUGCCGAGAGGGGGCGCAGUGCGACACCAACCCAAUCAACGGCAAAUUCAACUGCAACUGCCCUCCUGGUUACGUGGGCAGCACCUGCAGAGACGACGUCAACGAGUGCAUCAUGGGCUCGAACCCCUGUGAGCAUGGCGGGCAGUGCGCCAACACUGAGGGCUCCUUCAUGUGUAACUGCGCGCCGGGUUACACGGGGCCGCGCUGCGAGCAGGACAUCAACGAGUGUGCCUCCAGUCCCUGCCGCAACGACGCCACCUGCCUGGACCAAAUCGGCGACUACACUUGCAUCUGCAUGCCAGGGUUCGAAGGAGUGCACUGCGAGACUGACAUCAAUGAGUGUGCCAGCUUCCCUUGCCUGAACAACGGCAUUUGCCUGGACCAAGUCAACCGCUUCGUCUGCCACUGCCCUGCAGGUUUCAGCGGAGACAUGUGCCAGGUAGACAAUGACGAGUGUGCCAGCACACCCUGCCACAACGGCGCCAAGUGCAUCGACCGGCCCAACGGAUAUGAGUGCGAAUGCGCGGAAGGUUUUACGGGCCCGCUGUGCGAGGAGAACAUAGACGACUGCAACCCCAAGCCCUGCCACCAUGGCGAGUGUCGUGACGGCAUCGCCACCUUCUACUGCGACUGCAGCCCGGGAUACACCGGCCUCAUCUGCCACAUGCAAGUGAAGGAGUGCCUGAGCAACCCGUGCCAGAACCGGGGCCGCUGCAUCGACCUGGUCAACAAGUACCAGUGCAACUGCCUGGCUGGGACCACUGGUGUGAACUGUGAGAUCAAUUUCGACGACUGCGCCAACGACCCGUGUGAGUACGGCGAGUGCCAGGACGGCAUCAACGAAUACAAGUGUGUGUGCAAUCCAGGAUACACAGGGGAGAAGUGUGACGUGGAGAUAAACGAGUGCGACUCUAACCCCUGCCUGAACGGGGGCACAUGUGAAGAUCGGCCAAACGGCUUCCACUGCCUUUGCCCCGCGGGGACCCACGGGCCCGUUUGCCACUCCGGGGCCGACCGCUGCUCCCCCCAGCCCUGUGACCACGGCGAGUGUGUGGAGCUACAAGACGGAUACCGGUGCGAGUGCGAUCCUGGUUGGGAGGGUCAGCACUGCGAGCUGGACAUCAACGAGUGCCAGUCCAACCCCUGCCAACACGGAGCCACCUGUACCGACCGGCUCAAUGGCUAUACCUGCAAGUGCAAGCGUGGCUUCACAGGUGAGAACUGUGAGGUCAACAUAGACGAGUGCAAGUCCAACCCCUGCAUGAACCGUGGUACCUGUGUGGAUGGAGUCAACGGCUACAAAUGCCUCUGCUCCCCACCCUACACAGGUCCGCAGUGCGCGGACAAGGUGGACUCGUGCAGCACCAAACCCUGCCAGAACCGCGGCCGCUGCCUCAACCACCAGGGCAGCUACUCCUGCGAGUGCCAGAUGGGCUACAGCGGACGCAACUGUGAGAUCAACAUUGACGACUGCUCCUCCAAUCCCUGCUUGAACGGCGGCACCUGCCUGGAUGGCGUGGGCAGCUACUCAUGCAGCUGCAGGCCGGGCUUCCAUGGCUGGCGCUGCGACAUUGAGGUGGACGAAUGCGGCAGCAACCCGUGCCAGAACGGCGCCCGCUGCAGCGACUAUGUCAAUAGCUACACGUGCGAGUGCUUGCCCGGUUUCGACGGCAUCCACUGCGAGCACAACAUCCCCGAGUGCACGGAAAGCUCCUGCCUAAACAAUGGCACCUGCAUCGACGGCAUUAACGAGUUCUCAUGCCGCUGCCGACCUGGUUUUACCGGAGCCUUCUGCCAGUAUGAGAUCAACGAGUGUGACUCCCAGCCCUGCAAGAAUGGCGGCACCUGCACCGAUGGCUUGGGCUCCUACCAGUGCUCCUGCCCACUGGAGUACACUGGUCUCAACUGCCAGUUCUUGGCAAACCUCUGUAGCUCCUCACUGUGCCUCAAUGGUGGGACGUGCAUCCAGCGGGUGACGUCGUGGGGGUGCCACUGCCCCGAGGGCUGGACGGGGCUCUACUGCGAUGUCCCCAGCAUGUCGUGCCAGGCCUUCGCCACCCGCAAAGGUGUGCCCGUGGACAUGGUGUGCCAGCAUGCCGGCCGCUGCCUGGACAUGGGCAACACCCACCGCUGCCAGUGCCAGGCGGGCUACAUGGGCAGCUACUGCGAGAAGGAGGUGGACGAGUGUCUGUCCAACCCGUGCCGCAAUGGCGCCACCUGUGUGGACUAUCAGGGUGCCUACGAGUGCCAGUGCAAGCCUGGCUUCCAGGGGGUCAACUGUCAGUACGAUGUGGACGAGUGUCAGUCUCAGCCCUGCCUGCACGGAGGGACGUGCAUCAACCUGGAGAACCGCUUCUCCUGCUCUUGCCCGCCGGGCACUCACGGUGUCCGCUGUGAGGUGGAUGUGGACGACUGUGCGCCUGAGCCUGGGUCCUCGCGGCCCCGUUGCCUGAACGGGGGUCAGUGUGUGGACGGCGUGGGCCGCUUCCACUGCUCCUGCCCCCCGGGCUUCGCCGGUGAGCACUGCGAGGGCGACGUCAACGAGUGCCUGUCUGCGCCCUGCCGUGCCCCUGGCAGCCUGGACUGUAUCCAGCUGACUAAUGACUACCAGUGCCGCUGCCAGCUGGGCUACACAGGACGGCACUGUGAGUCCAUGGUGGAUCUGUGCAAAUCCAGGCCGUGCCACAACGGGGGGAUCUGCUCCAUGAACACCAGCUCCAUGCACGGAUACAGCUGCACCUGCCAGUCGGGUUUCUCAGGGUUCAACUGCGGGGACCCUGAGGGUUCAGGCUGUACCAGCCUGCGUUGCCAGAAUGGCGGCCGCUGCCAAGAAGGGGCGGGUGGGCGCCCUUACUGCCGCUGCCCCGCCCUCUUCUCCGGCCGGCAUUGCGAGAUACGCCAGCCCAUCCCCACGUUGCCCGCCGUCCCCGAGACGGUGUGCCCAUACCUCGAGUGCCAGCAGCAGGCAGGCGACCGUGUGUGCGACCAGCAGUGCAACCGGCACGAGUGCAAGUGGGACAGCGGCGACUGCUCGCUGAACUGGAACAAGUCGUGGGAGAACUGCACUGAUCCCGUGCCCUGCCGGCAGCUCUUCCGCAAUGGCCGCUGCGACCCCGAAUGCGACAACCCUGAGUGCCUCUUCGACAGCUUUGAGUGCCAGCCAGCGCCCUCCCUCUGCAGGUAUGACAAGUACUGCGCUGAUCACUACGCCAACGGCCACUGCAACCAGGGCUGCAACACGGAGGAGUGUGGCUGGGACGGCCUGGACUGUGAUAAAGAUGCGCCGCCGCAGGUGGCUGAUGGCACGCUUGUGGUGGUGGUCCUGCUGCAGCCGCACGAGCUGUUAGGAGACCUGCGUGGAUUCCUGCGCUCACUGGGCACGUUGCUGCACACUAACGUGCGCGUCAAGCUGGAUGAGCAACAGAAGCUCAUGAUCUACCCCUACUAUGGCCCAGAGAGCGACGGCACCAGCGGAGGGGCGGCCCAAUCCAGAGGCAGGGGCAAGCGGGAACUGGGCGAGAAGGAGGUCAUCGGGUCCAAGGCCUACUUGGAAAUCGACAACCGGCAGUGUUCCCAGAACUCGAAGCACUGCUUCUCCAACACGGAGCUGGUAGCGUCCUACAUCGCCGCCGAGUACCUGAAGAAAGAGCUUCCCUACCCGGUUAUCUCCGUGGACAGUGAGCCCGGUGGUAUUCUGAUUACCUCUCACCUGAUGUACGUGGUGGGCGUGGCCGUCUUCAUCAUCCUCCUCAUCCUGGUGCUGGGGGUGCUGGUGGCCAAGCGCAAGCGCAAGCACGGCAUCCUUUGGCUGCCCGACGGCUUCAUCACCAAGAAGGACGCCAAGCGCCGCGAGCCCGUGGGCCAGGAUGACUUCGGCUUGAAGAACAUGGUGAAGCCUCAGGAUGGAGGGAUGAUGGACACCAACCAGAACAAGGGGUGGCUUGAAGAGGGCCUACCAGCGAAGAAGGCGAGGACGGAGGUCAAGCCGCUCCUGCCCGUAGGGGUGGACGGAGGCGUGGACCGGCGGGAGUGGACACUGCAGCACCACAAGGCGGCCGACAUCACGCUGACGCCCCCCCAGGCUGACCUCGACAUGGACUGUCUGGAUGUCAACGUCAAGGGCCCAGAUGGGUUCACCCCCCUCAUGCUGGCCUCCCUGCGUAGCGGGGGCACGGCGGACUGUAGCAGCCUGACGGGCGAGGAGGAGGAGGAGAGUGGGCUGGACGAGCCGGGGGCCAGCGUCAUCAGCGACCUCAUCGCCCAGGGUGCCACACUGUUGGCGCAGACCGACCGCACGGGCGAGACCGCGCUGCACCUGGCUGCCCGCUACGCCCGCGCCGACGCUGCUAAGAGGCUGCUGGAUGCUGGGGCUGACCCCAACGCGCAUGACAACAUGGGUCGCACCCCCUUGCAUGCUGCCGUCUCUGCUGAUGCGCAGGGUGUCUUCCAGAUUCUGAUCCGGAACCGCGCAACAGACUUGGACGCGCGCAUGAAUGAUGGCACCACACCCCUGAUCCUGGCGGCGCGCCUGGCCGUGGAGGGCAUGGUGGAGGAGCUUGUGCACUGCCACGCCGACGUCAACGCGGUCGACGACCACGGUAAAUCUGCUCUGCACUGGGCUGCGGCCGUCAACAAUGUGGAGGCCACUCUGGUGCUCCUGAAGAACGGAGCCAACCGGGACAUGCAGGAUAACAAGGAGGAGACGCCCCUAUUCCUGGCAGCACGGGAGGGCAGCUUCGAAGCGGCUCAGGUGCUGCUGGACCACUACUCUAACCGGGACAUUACGGACCACCUGGACCGGCUGCCCCGGGACACCGCGCAGGAGCGCAUGCAUCAUGACAUCGUGCGCCUAUUGGACCAGUACAACCUGGUGCAGAGUCCUCAUGGCGGCCAGGCUCACAUGGGCGCAGGCGGAGCCCACUCCACCCUGGGCUGCGGCUCCGGUGUGGGCUUCGUGGGCAUGCGUGCCGGACCCCAGGGCAAGAAGAGCCGACGUGGGGGAGCCAAGGCGGCCGGAGCCGGGACCGGAGGCGGGGUGGCCAAGGAGCUGAAGGAUGUGAAGGCCAAGCGCAGGAAGAAACCGGCCGGAGGGGAGAUGCCCUCCACGGGGCCGGCUGGGGGUGGGGCUGGGGGUGGUGCUGGGGGUGGUGCUGGGGGCGUCGCAGGCAAUGCCAAGGCAGCCAAUGGGGGCCUCUCUGAGAGCUCGGUCACCCUGUCGCCAAUCGACUCCCUGGAGUCCCCGCACUCGUUUGCCGGAGACGCUGCCUGCGUGAGCACCGUCACCGCCACCUCGCCACCCCUCCUGUCCAGCCCCUCGGCACGGCCGCUGCUGCCCCCUGUCAGCCACAUGCUGGGCCAGCAGCAUGCCUGGGCGGGGCUUGCCAAGCAGGGCUAUGGCCUGCUCCCGCACGCGCUGGGCGCGCCGCACCCCACCUCCGGCAUGCUGGGCCCUAUGAAUGUCACCAUGAGCCGGGAGCAGCUCCCCCCCAUAGUCACCUUCCAGAUGAUGGCGCCGGGCACCGGUCAGGCCAUGCUGAAGCAGUCGCAGCUGGGCCAGCUGCAGAGCCAGGUGCAGCCACACUCCCAGGCUCUCCCCCCUCAUCUGCAGUGUGCACCGGGCAUGAUGUACCAGAUUCCGGACGUGGGUCUCACGCGGUCCCUGUCCCACACCCUUCCCCACCCCCACAGCCACUCUGUCGCCCACAGCAACGGCCUUGGCGACCCCCAGCCUCGUCAGCUCCCUCCCUACCACACCAUGCAGAGUCCUGUGGAUAAAUACCCGACACCCCCCUCCCAGCACAGCUGUGCCACAGCCAGCUCUGAGGGCACGACACCAGGGCACCCGGCUCACCCCCCCAAUGAGCACCCCUACCUCACCCCGUCCCCGGAGUCGCCCGACCCCUGGUCAUCGUCCUCCCCCCACUCCAACUCGGACUGGUCUGAUGUAACAACCAGCCCCACCCCUCUGGGGAACCUCACGCACUGCCCCCGUCCCGGCACACACACAUUCCGGAGCAAGCGCCACGGCAACCACAAGCGCAGCAGAUGCAGGCGCAACAGCCCCAACACAGCGGCAUGCAAGUCUAUGCAUAGGCUCUGACCUUUGACCUCUUCCUUAUGUCCAUAUCCUCACUAAGACAGCUGGCUGACAGCGAUCUGCUGUGUCCCCCUUGACUUUACACAUCUGGGUCAUUUUCCCUUCUCUCACUACACCCCAGACGUCUCCUUCCGCUCCUUCAGUCCUCCAUACUUGCAUUUUCCUUAGUAGCUAUUUAGUUCCAAAGUGUCAUUGUGCUGCUGACCUUCAGCGAAAACCCUUCACUCACUGCCAUCGCUGUCAUGGGCUUUCAUUUGUCAGAAUCUGCAGUAUCACUGUUCUUUGUCCUGUUUGUGUGCCUGUGCAUUAUGUGGACUGAGCUCAUCUUUAGAGAUCUACAGGGAGUUAUUUCACGUUGCACUUUGCAGUGGGUAACAUCUGCUGACCUGAGCUCCAUCAGCCAUGAACAAACAGUGAUGUUCUGCCAGGAAGAUGGAUGGAAACGGGUGGAAAAACUGAGGACAGACGAUAUUUUCCAGUGAAUGGACUUUUUGCCAUAAUACAUAACUAAUAUUUUCUCUUUCUUCUGAAGGAUAAAUCUUUAUGUAAAUUUCAAUUUGUCUUCGCUCUUCAUCCCUAUGCAGUUUUUCAUAGAGUAAUGUUACAUUUUUUCUUGUUAGUAUGUUAACUUAAUUCUGGGUUUUUCCACCUGUAAAACUUGUGAUAAGCUGUAUUUUUUGUUUCUAAACCAAAAAUAAUGGUAUGUUGAUGGGUGGUUUUUGGUUAUGAUGUUGUGAAGCCUUGGUUAAUGUUGUUAAGAAGCCCCCUGUUCAGCCCAGUGGGUUACAAGGCGCACAGCCUGAUGCGUAUAUGAUCGCCCUGGUGUUUCAUUGGGCUUCUACUUAAACUGUGGUGCAAGAGGUGGUGCAAGAGGUGAUUUUUUUUUUCCUACAUGUAAUGUACAUUGUUUAUAUUGCUCUCUGAACUAACUGGUAUUCUGUCUGAAAGGGAGGCCGGGUGUCAGGGUGCAGUGUCAGAUGGGGGGGGGGAACAGUCUGUUACUGAGAAACACAAGUUGAGACUGAUGGUUGAGACAGAGAGACGACAGGAAACUGGGAGAGAGUGACGAAGUGACAUCGUCAGAUGGGCUUCUUGCGUGUUGAGAUAGUUUGGAGCUCACUCUGUCGCAGCAUUAUAAGUGCCUCAUGAGUCUUACCAGGCUCUAGUGACCUGAAACAGGUCACUAGUGGUGACACAACACUGAUGCACAUUGGACAGGAGUGUGGCCUCACGCUGCCCCCUCCUGUCCUCGUUUUUCCUAUACAGUGACGAUGUCAUCGUUGUUGCCUUUCCUUAAAUACCGUUUUAUAUUGUUCCUGCUUUCAUCAUUGUAACUGGCCAUUUUUUUUUUUACUUUUAAAUAGCAAUUAUUCACUUUCUCUUAAUUGCAAUCAAUGUUUUGUGCCUUUUAAAUUUUGAUGCAAUUUAAGAUCCACAUUGAAUAUGUCUGAGAUGUGUUUAUAUUGUAGUAUUUGUUCCUCAUGAGCUUAGCUGUCUCUCUCUCUUGCUGUCAUGCAUGUAAAGACAAUCAGUGAGCGUCUCUUACACGGUGAUGGCCCACAAAACUGCGUCUGAACGGUACCAAUUUUUUUAACAUUUACAAAUGUUACUGUAAUUGGCUUUUUAAAGAAUGGGAAGACCUGUCACCUGUGGUACAUUUAUAUGUGAUUUUGUCAGUGUUUGACUUUUUCUGGACCAGCAGAUGAGCAGAUAAAUUGAGCCCCGCUUAGAUGUAAAAUAUUUAUCUAUGAUGAAGCGUGAUUAAGGUAUACAGAGGAAGAAGCUGGUGAUUUAUCUGGUUUACUGGUAGCUGUGUUAUUAGAUGGUACCAGUGAGACUAGAACACAUGGGAUUCGUUAUCACGGAAUCCAGAGUUAUAUCUGAUUUACCCUAUUAUGGCUCAACUUUUACAUGCAGCGUUGUGUCUCACUAGCUUUUAGUUUGGCUCCGGUUGUCUUGUCCCACACUGUGCUUUUUCCUUGUUUUCUGGAAUAUUUUACUGAAUUGUUUUGUUUCUCAUCGAUUGCCUGUAAAUGCUACACCAGUGACAAGCGUGACCGGUCUCGUCUGUCGACGAGAACGCGCAAAGGCACCAGAGCGACUGUUGAUUGCACUUGUUUUGCUGUCAACAAGUCAUUGUGCAUUGAAAUGUUCUGUCCUUUAAACAUUUCCGUUCAGUAGCACUUAGCCCUCACUAUUGUGCAGUCUAUAGUCAGGCUUGUCUUUUGGUGUGUAUGUCUGUCUGCGUGCGUGCGUCCGCCCGUGCGUCCGUAUUUGCGUGUGUUGGGGGUAUGGACGUAUAAUCCUGCCUAUGUAAUAGUCACCCAGUCAGCAGUGAUCAUGGGCCUCUCUCUUUCACCUAAGUGCUCCUUAUAAGGUUAUUUUAACAUACUGUAUAUAAACCAUAUUACCAUGUUACAUGAAGAAUGUUUUUUUUUUUCUUAUGUUUGUACACCUUAGAAGGAACUUGUAACUCGUGAAUAAGGAACAAAAGUUUAAUUCCUAAGGCAGGAAAGUGAUUACGUUGAAAUACAUCAAUAAAGAACCUUUUCUGUCAAAAC